UCUGUAGUCAAAAAUGGGCAGAGCAACAAGGUGGUUAAAGGGCUUGUUUGGGAUAAAAAACAACAAGGACAGUUCAAAUUCCGGUGACCGGAGAGAAAAGAAAGCCAGUUGCUUUGGCCACUCAGGGAGAGACACUGAUGGCUUGUGUCAUAAUCCAACUACAAUACCGCCAAACAUAUCUUCAGCGGAGGCAGCUUGGUUAAGAUCAUACUAUUCUGAGACAGAGAAAGAACAGAACAAGCACGCAAUUGCAGUGGCUGCAGCCACCGCAGCAGCCGCUGAUGCUGCAGUGGCUGCAGCCCAGGCUGCCGUGGCUGUGGUGAGGUUGACUAGUCAUGGCAGGGGUACCAUGUUUGGUGGUGGCCAAGAAAGGUGGGCUGCUGUCAAGAUUCAGACCGUUUUCAGGGGUUAUUUGGCCAGAAAAGCCCUGCGAGCUCUUAAAGGUUUAGUGAAGUUACAGGCACAUGUUAGAGGUUAUUUAGUGCGGAAACAAGCCACUGCAACGCUUCACGGUAUGCAAGCACUGAUAAGAGCACAAGCCACUGUUCGGUUGAAGAAAGCUCGUGGCCUCAUCAUCAAUAAUAACAGAUUUGAAUCUAGAGGACGAAAAUCUAUGGAGAGGUUUGAUGAAACAAGAAGUGAACAGGCAGUAUCUAUUCAUAGCAGAAGACUGUCUGCUUCUCUUGACACCACAUUUAACACCAUUGAUGAGAGUCCUAAAAUUGUGGAGGUUGAUACAGGGAGGCCUAAAUCAAGAUCUCGCAGAACAAACAAUUCUGUUUCAGAUUUCAGUGAUGACCCACAUUAUCAAACACUCUCCUCUCCACUACCAUCAAGAGUUCCAGCCCGUUUGUCAAUACCCGACACCAGGAAUUUUCAAGAAUCUGACUGGGGACUAACUGGUGAUGAAUGCAGAUUUUCUACAGCACAAAGCACCCCUAGGUUUCUCAAUCUUGAUGGUUCUAAAGUUCCGGUCACGCCUGCAAAGAGUGUCUGUGCUGAAAAUUUUUUCAGGCAAUAUUCAAACUUUCCGAAUUAUAUGGCCAAUACACAGUCUUUCAAGGCUAAAUUGAGGUCACAUAGUGCACCAAAGCAAAGGCCAGAACCAGGUCCGAAAAGUAGGCUUUCACUUAAUGAAAUGAUGGAGUCAAGGAUUAGUCUAAGUGGUGUUAGGAUGCAAAGAUCAUGCUCACAAGUUCAAGAUGCUAUAAGUUUUAAGAAUACUGUAAUUGGUAAGCUCGAUAGGUCUACAGAAUUCUCAAAAGAACCAGAGAGAAAUUAUAUUCAAAGAAGGUGGUGAUACUGCUAUAGUUUGUGAGAGAUAAGUCUGCCUCUUCAAUGUGUUGUUUACUGCUAUUUUGUGCUUAACUUAAUUAAAAAAAAAAGGUAGGUGAUAGAAAAAAACUAGAAUAUAUGUAUAAUUACAUAUGAUUAUCAUUAAAAUUCUGUUGCAUCUGUUUCUCAUGUUUAUGUUAUGCAAUGGAAUCAAGCUUUCCAUUAAUGAAUUGACAAAAUGCAAUAGUAGAAUUAGAUUCUUUUGUCACUUGUGAAGUGAUGUAAAGACAUCAUGGAAGUAUAUGUUUAAGACUUUAAGCUGCUUUAUGGUACGU